CACGCACACAUACACACGCACACACACAGGGCGCUGAGCGUGGAGUAUAAAAGGGGCUUCCUUCCCACUCCACAGAGAAGUGCUCUCCUCACUCUCACACACUCUUCUGACACGCUGAACCUCUUUCCUCAAGAUGACUGCAGGGUUGUGUGUGUGUGUCGUGCUGGCAGUCCUGUGUACGAGCUGUUUGGGGCUCCCCUUCUCCUCCCAGCCCCUCGACGAGGGCCACCGCUCCAUGUCGGCUGUUUCUGAAGCUCUCCUCGAGGCUGAUACCCACACCCUGGGAGAGCCCCACCUUCAACACACCCGCUCUGCCCCCCAGCUGAAAGCUCUUCCUCUGGCUGAGGAUGAUGCAGACUCCCGGGCCAACCUCAGUGAGCUGCUGGCAAGACUCAUCUCCUCCAGGAAAGGUUCUGUGCGUAGAAACUCCACAGGAAACAGCAGAGGCAACGGACUGAGCACCAACCACCGGAUAGCAGACAGGGACUACUUGGGGUGGAUGGAUUUCGGCCGCCGCAGCGCAGAGGAGUAUGAAUACUCCUCGUAAAGUCACGGCUCAUACUCCACACGGGAAAAACAAGAAAAGAAAAAAAAAACACGCAAGCUGGCUCCUCACUGUCUCACAAUAAGAGUCUAUUUAUGAUGUAUUUGUUGUACAUUUGUUUGUAAAACUGUAAUAAUGCAAUAUACAUAUGCCAAAUUUUGCAGAAAAGCUCUCUCUGUCCAAGGUUUGUUUGUUUGUUUGUUUCUGGAUUUCUCUGGUUUCUUUAUCGUUUUCGGGGGAAAGGGUUGGGAUGGUGUGAAGGUCUGUUGGGACUAACUGGACUGAAUAAAGACUGGAAAUAUCA